CUGUUUUGUGGUGCACAAACGCUGCCAUGAGUUUGUCACCUUCUCCUGUCCGGGAGCUGACAAAGGACCAGCCUCAGAUGAUCCGAGGGCCAAGCACAAGUUCAAGAUCCACACCUACUCCAGUCCCACCUUCUGUGACCACUGUGGCUCUCUGCUGUACGGCUUGAUCCACCAGGGCAUGAGAUGUGACCAUUGCAUGAUGAACAUUCAUAAACGAUGUGUGGCUAACGUGCCUAGCCUGUGUGGGACAGACCACACUGAGAGGAGAGGUCGCAUCUACAUCACUGCUGAGAUCAAGACCAACGUGCUCACUGUCACCAUUAAAGAGGCCAGGAACCUGGUCCCCAUGGACCCCAACGGCCUGUCGGACCCCUACGUCAAGCUGAAACUGAUUCCAGACCCUCGCAGUGAAAGUAAACAGAAGACCAAGACCAUCAAAUGCUGCCUCAACCCCGUCUGGAAUGAGACCUUUAAAUUCCACCUGAAGGAGUGCGACAAGGACCGCCGUCUGUCCGUGGAGGCGUGGGACUGGGACCUGACCAGCCGCAACGACUUCAUGGGGUCGCUGUCCUUUGGCAUCUCGGAGCUGCAGAAGCAAGGCGUGGACGGAUGGUUCAAGAUGCUGUCGCAGGAAGAAGGCGAGUACUUCAACGUUCCUGUUCCUCCUGAGGGGGAGGAGGGCGACGAGGAGCUGCGGCAGAAGUUUGAGAGAGCCAAGAUCGGGCCGAGCAAGAAUACUGAAGGGAAAUCGGCCAACGCGGCUCGCUUCGACUCCAACGGUAACCAAGACCGCAUGAAACUGUCCGACUUCAACUUCCUGAUGGUGCUGGGGAAAGGCAGCUUUGGCAAGGUGAUGCUGGCAGAGCGUAAAGGAACGGAGGAUUUGUACGCUGUGAAGAUCCUGAAGAAGGACGUGGUGAUCCAGGACGACGAUGUGGAAUGUACCAUGGUGGAGAAGAGGGUCUUGGCGCUCUCUGGGAAACCUCCCUUCCUGACUCAGCUGCACUCCACCUUCCAGACCAUGGACCGCCUAUACUUCGUCAUGGAGUACAUCAACGGUGGUGAUCUCAUGUAUCAGAUCCAGCAGGUGGGCAAGUUCAAGGAGCCUCAUGCAGUCUUCUACGCCGCAGAGAUCGCCAUCGGGUUGUUCUUCCUGCAUGUAAAGGGCAUCAUCUACAGAGACCUGAAGCUGGACAACGUGAUGCUGGACUGCGAGGGACACAUCAAGAUAGCGGACUUUGGAAUGUGUAAAGAGAACAUGAGCGAUGGAGUCACCACCAAGACCUUCUGUGGAACACCUGACUACAUCGCUCCAGAAAUUAUUGCUUACCAGCCUUAUGGGAAGUCUGUGGACUGGUGGGCCUUUGGAGUGCUGCUCUAUGAAAUGCUGGCUGGACAGCCUCCAUUCGACGGUGAGGACGAGGACGAGUUAUUCCAGUCCAUCAUGGAGCAUCAUGUCUCCUACCCCAAGUCCAUGUCCAAGGAGGCCGUGGCCAUCUGCAAAGGGUUGAUGACCAAGCAUCCCGCCAAGCGACUGGGCUGCGGUCCCGAGGGCGAGCGAGACAUCCGGGACCACAGCUUCUUCCGCUACAUGGACUGGGAGAAGGUGGAGAACAAGGAGGUGCAGCCGCCCUUCAAACCCAAAGCUUGUGGGCGGGAUGCUGAGAACUUUGACCGUUUUUUCACCCGCCACCCGCCGGUGCUGACCCCUCCCGACGAGGAAGUGAUUCAGAACCUGGACCAGGACGAGUUCCAAGGAUUCUCUUUUAUCAACCCAGAGUUCCCUGGAAGCGCCGCCGCCAACCCUGCCGCCGAGCAGGCUUGAUUGAACGUGCACGGACGCUACACACACGCACACACACACACUCACACACACACACACACACACAUUUCUUGUUCACACUGCUGCAAUCUGCCUCUUCUCUAAUCAUAAAAACUACAUAUUUGUUUUGCAUGCAACAAAAGAAGAUUUGACAAUAUUGAACCAAAAUGGCGGCCACAGAGCGGAGUAGUUUAUGGAUUAAACCAGGGGUGUCCAAACUUUUCCCACUCAGGAAAAAUUAAAGCAUGUGGGGGUCCAUUUUGUAUCUUUUUCAUAGAUUGUGUCUAACCUGUAGGGCUCCCCUUAAGUUAGGUCCCGGGGACCCGGAAGGGCCUCAGUCAUAAAAAUGUUGAAAAAUAAGUCAUACAUAAGAAAUUAAAAAAUGUGAUGUAUUUUAUUUUUUUGUAUUUUAUCCCCUUUUUGUGAAAGAAGAUCUUGAAAAUAUGCAAUAUUGUCCCCAAAAAAAUUAUUUCAAAGUGUAAUAUUUAAUUUGAAGUAAUUUUAAUUGAUCAAUAAUUCAUAACAACCCUGAUUUUAUUUCAUUAUUGUUUUUUUAGCUUGACAGGUUUUUGAAAAAAUAAAAUCCCACAAAAAGUUUUGCGGAUCCAGGUUUCCACUCAUAAAAGUGUUAAAAAUGAGUCAUAAAUGCAUUUUUUUGUUAUUAUUAUUAUUAUUAUUAUUAUUAUUAUUAUUAUUAUUAUUAUAAACACUCUCGAUCAACUUUACAUACAUUGCUUAGAAGUUUUUAUUAUAAUUUCAUAUUUUUGGUUUGUUUGUUGUUAUUGGGCCCUUUUUUAAAAUACAAUUGUGUUUGUUGUAUGGGAAACACACAAAAUAUGCAAUGUUUUCCCCAAAAAAAUUAUUUCAAAGUGGAAUAUUUAAUUUGAAGUAAUUUUAAUAGAUCAAUAAUUCAUAACAACCCUGAUUUUAAUUCAUUAUUAUUUUUUGAACAUGACAGUUUUUGGAAAAAAAAUAAAAUCCCACUAAAAUUAUUGGGGAUCCAAAAGUUUCCACUCAUAAAAGUGUUAAAAAUAAGUCUUUAAUGUAUUUUUUUUUUUUUAAACACUCUAUCAACGUCACAUCUAUCUGUCGAUUAUACGUUUUUAUUAUAAUUUAAUAUUUUUUGGUUUGUUUGUUGGUAUUAUGCACUUUGUUUUAAAUAAAAUUAUGUUUGUUGUAUGGCAAACAUACAAAAUAUGCAAUAUUUUCCCCCAAAAAAAUAUUUCAAAGUGUAAUGUUUAAUUUGAAGUAAUUAAUAGAUCAAUAAUUCAUAACAACCCUGACUAUUAAUAUCGUUAUUACUUUUUGAACAUGACAGGUUUAAAAAAAAAAAAAAAAUGUCUUAUAAACAUCUCUGCAUGCCUCCAUGCUCUGAUGUCACCUUUUCAAAGACUUACGCAGAUCAUAAAUACAGAAAAACAGCUGCCCAUAGGUAAGACAAGUUGCUUUUGGUCCACUUGAGGUCAUCAGAAACCUCCAUCCGGUUCCUGUUAAUCUCCACGCAUUGUUUGUUGUGUGCAAAAAAAAUUAACAAUCUACUAAUUAGCAUAUUUAUUUAUGGUUGGUUGUGCAGAACAUGCAGUGUGAGCAACAUUUCUGGUCCAAUCAACCAACAAAAACAACAUUUGUGGUCAAAACACCAACAACAACACACACAAAACAGUAAAUAGCAUUGCAGUUAUUUUUUGGGGAAUUUCUCUCCUUGGCUCUUCCAGCACGCUCUGCGUUUGGCUUGCAGUUCUUUAAAGCGUGGCAAGAAACCUUCUUGUUUGUUUGUUUCUUCUUCUCUUCUACAUUGGAAUGCCUGACCUUCUUGUGCAUGACUCUCUAGACUGGCCAGAUGUCAAUAAGUUGGACUGCUGGCUGUGUCUCGCCGUCAUGGCAGAUGUUUGUGUGACGGUGAGAUGCAGCACACGUUAGUUAGCCAGAGAGACUACUAGCAUGUGCAGUCAAUCACUGGCACAACUCCGCUAACACACACAAAUGGUUUUACUCACGCCCGACGAUUCGCAAUUCAAAAAACAAAAAGACAAUGUUCUUAAAUCAAACGAUGUAUAAGUAAAAAAUGUUUUUGGUUUUUUUCUGCAUGUUUAAAAAAAUAUUAUUCAAUUAAAAGCGAUUUGCAAGUGUAAAAAAGGUUGUAUUCGAUUAAGUAAUUGUUUUGCAGGUUUAAAAACAAUUUUCUUUAAUAAAAAAAAAUAUUUUGCAAUAUAAACAAUUUUUUCUUAAAUAAAAAAAUAUUUUGCAAAUAUAAAAACAAGUUUCUUCAAAAACAACAAUCAUUCACAAGUAUAAAAACAAGUUUUCCUUAAUUAAAAAAAAUAUUUUGCAAGUAUAAAAACAAUGUUCUUCAAGAAAAAAAUGUUUUGCAAUUAUAUUUUCUUAAAUAAAAAAAAUAUCUUGCAAGUAUAAAAACAAGUGUCUUCGAGAAAAAUUGUUUUUGCAAGUAUUAAAACAAUUUUCUUCAAUAA